AUGGCCAAGAAGAGAAGACAGAAGGUUAAGCCUGCAGAGAACGGCGUACAACUCCCGAAAGCCGGGGCGGUCGUCGCCACCUCCCGUUCGAAAAAGCCCAAGGUGCAGGAACUCUGGGAGAACUACUUUGGCGAGGGGGCCUUGUCCGACUGGCAGAGGCUUUGUGGGGAUCUAGCUCUGCCCGACGACCUUCCUAGUAAGAGGCAAUGUCGAAUUGCCCUUAGACGUGUAAACGUCAACAUCCGCCAGUUCCUCGAGGCCUCCAGCCGACCUGAGGGCGUCCGGUUCUUCAAGAACACACGUGAGCUCGAGAUGUUCACCCGAGAGCGAGAUUACUUCUACCCAAGGAAAAAGAUACCCAAAGGUAGCCCACUCCGCGCCUUGCUGAGGUGCCUGGCCUAA